AUGUGCAGGGCUAAAGACUCCAGUCCAACAGGUUUAUCUGGAUUUAGUACCCGAAGUAAUGGUGUUGAUUUGAUUCAAACUGAAGCUAAUGCAAAGAAGGAUUCCAGUCCUACAAUAAAAGGUGCAUCCAGUACCCAAUCAAAAAGGAGUGGUGUUAUUAGAAAGUCCAGCCCCAUAGAUAUAUGUGUUUCCACUACCCAAUCCAAAACUGUUGGUUCGAGUAAAAUUGCGGCACUUAAAGGAAAGGAUAAACAAUCCACUGGUAAAGCAACUUAUGAAGAGAAUACUGAAGCUGACAUCUGCAUGUUGACUCUAAGUACCUCAGGAGAUAAUGAUCCAUAUAUUGACUACUGUGUUACUCCCAGAAAGGAAUUGUUGUUGGACUUCGAAGUUGAAUGUGACCACCUCGACGAUAUUCCAAGUGCAGAAUUUCCCAGGACUAAAACUAAAAAGCGAAUCAAAAAAGAAAAGCAGUAG